UCUCCAGCCCUUCCAAGGGCUGGCGCAGAAAAUGGACUUGUGGUUCGCGGGCUGCGGCAGAGAUGCGCCAGGGGUGAGGAACGUCAGGGGAGUAACUGAGGCCCAGAAGGGGAGAGUGGCUUCUCCAAGGACCCACAGCAGUGAGAGGUACUUCUAGGCCUGCAUCCUGUCUUCCUGUCCCCACGCCCAGGCUCUUCCAGGACACUGAGCCUGCUCGAGACUGCCUGUGCCCUGACAAGAGCCAGUAUUCAACAGAUGCACGGAAAGACGGCUUCUUUGAAGAGCUCGGAGAAACUAGGCAGGGUCCAGAGACCCCGAGGCUCCAGUCUGCACUGGCCAGAAGGCUUGAAGGGUGAAGACAUAAAGAAGUGCGGCCGAGAAGGGACGCUACUGAGAAAAUACAACCAGCAAUAUCACAAGCUGUUUAAGGACAUCCCCUUGGAGGAGGUGGUUCUCAAAGUGUGCUCCUGCGCCCUCCAGAGGGACCUCCUUCUCCAGGGCCGGCUCUACAUCUCCCCCAACUGGCUCUGCUUCCAUGCCAGCCUCUUUGGCAAGGAUAUCAAGGUGGUCAUUCCCGUGGUGUCUGUGCAAAUGAUCAAAAAACACAAGAUGGCGCGGCUCCUUCCCAAUGGCCUGGCCAUCACCACCACCACCAGCCAGAAGUAUGUCUUUGUGUCACUGCUCUCCCGGGACAGUGUAUAUGACAUGCUGAGGAGGGUCUGCACCCACCUACAGCCUUCCAGCAAGAAGAGUCUGAGUGCAAGAGAAUUUCUAGAGGAACCUGACUGCGAGUCUCUGAUUCCACUGUGGUUCUACACUAGCAGUCUUCAAAGACACCAUUCCCUGGAAGAGUGGCUGGUCACAGCAAGGGAGCAGAUGAGACGGGAAGUCCUCAUCCCUGAGAUGAAGUGGAGAAAAGUGUGCCCUGCCUCCAGGUCCCUGUCCCUCCCAGACAACAUCCCUUGUAUCCCUCGGGCAUCCAUGGACUCCACGGAUGACUUCUUCCCCUCCAGGAAGCCUCCGGGGUCUGAGAACGCUGACUCUGAGGAGGAGAGGCUGGAGGAUGAGCCCGAGAGCAACGGGGAGCAGAGGCUCUGGGAUCACGGGCUCCUGCAGGUCUUCCUUGUGCUGAUCUGCUUCUUGGUCAUGUCUUCAUCGUACCUGGCGUUCCGCAUCUCCCGGCUAGAACAGCAGUUAUGCUCCCUGAGUUGGGGCGACUCAGUCCCUGGGCACAGGUAACAGCCACUUGGCCUUUGUCCCCACUCCUCCAAGAAUGCUCUGGGUGCUAAGGUGCCACCAACAAUCCGCUUGGUUUAUGCUGCUGCUGUGCUGAGACUGAGUCUGAAAGAAAAUAUUCCAGAUCCCUUCUCCUCCCCCCAACUCUUCUCCCUCCUUUAAUGAGUGAUCUUUAGUACCUGUUUACAAAGCUCCUACAAUUUUGGGACUCGGACAAAAAGACAGAUUUUUGGAUCUAGCUGAGGAAUUCUGUACACUAAGCCUCAGCAGCCACUUAAAUGAAAAAAAUUUUAACUUGUUCCUUGGAAACAGCUCUGACACACAGGAAGAGCACUUGGGGCCACUGCAAGGGACAGAGGCCAUGCUUUGGUACCUGUCACUUGGCUCACUCCAGUGGUGGGACAGAGGCCAGAACCCAAACCACCAGUGUGGGCUCCGCUCUCUCCCAGCAUACUGUGCUCUCACUUGGACACCUGAGAGUCCCUGUUUGGGGGCCCAGAGGACUUCUCUGCAGUCAGCCAGGGACCCAUGCAGGGCAGACUGGAGGGAGUGAGGUAAGCUAUGAAUGAGGAGAGGAGGGCCUGUGGCCAGGAAUCCAGCAAGAGGAGUGUUCACACUCUGUGCAGAGGCUCUGCUCUGGCCCCUCAUGAGGAGACUGGCUGAAUCUGAGAGGACACUACCUGCAGCAGGGGACUGUGGCAGUGGCUGUGAAGGAGAAUAGAGGUCCAGCAUUCUGUGUCCUCAGCUGCUAUUUCCUGGUGAGACAGGUGGAGCAGGGCCUUUUGGUCACUGUGGUCGCAGACCAGGUACUGGAUCUUUCUCUGGUGUGCUCACACAUUUCCAAGGUGCCCCAGGUGGGAAGUGAGGGAUAGGAGGGUCAGUGGCUGUGAUCUGAGGUCUUGCUUUGUACUCUCUGCCUGACUGCCUGGAUUUUGGGUGUGGCCAAUGGUAGCCUGUCGGGCUUGGCUGGGCACCGGGCACGAUGGUGCUGGGCCACCACAGGGCAGAGCUCACCAUGUCACCUGCAGGCCAUGCAGGAGGGUCCUCCAUUCCACGGGCUCUGUUCUCCAUGAGUAUAAUGGAGGUGUCCAAGGUGGGCCUGGGACAGUGCAGGGACCAGGCCAAGGGGGUCUGUCUGAUACCUUUGGGGACAAGAGAGGUAGAGGAUAGGAAGAGUGGACAUGGUAGUGGCUUUGCCUUAGAGAUUCUUCCUUCUCUGUCAAGGUCUCCUCAAUUCUAAAAGCUUCUCUGUGCCUUAAAACUCUGGCCUGUUCUCUCUGGGACUCCGAAAUGCUAAGAGAGUGCCUUUGUAGGUUCUGGAAAGGGCUUAGUGGGGAGGCCAGACUUAUCAGGAAAAGUCACUGGCGAUGGGGUGGGUGGUGUCAGAAAGAGCCACUUUUUCCCUCUUCAGACACUUGAGAGGUUAACUAGGGAGAAAUCCAGGUGGAAGUUAUUUACUGUGGAGCUGUAACUGUCUGUCCUAUUUAUGACAAACCCAAAUGAAGAUUGGAGGGACUGACAGGAGGUGACAACUUCCUAAACUCAGACUGGAGGUCUCUUCAUUCUCUCCCCAUCCCAGGUUCUAGGAUUUGGCUUAGAGCCUGGCCUUCUGGGAUACCUGCACUAAAUCUGUAUGUCUCAGGUGAAACUCACUGCUCCAUUCUCCCCACAUUGCCACACCGGAUGAAUGCCCGUCCUUUUUUGGGAACCAGCCCCCUUAAUCACUCCUUUCUAUCAGAUUUUCAGGGAAAUAAUCCUACUUGCCCCAGCGCCUCCCCUCCCUGGUCCUUGCUGAAGGGCAGGGAAAACAGGUCCAUUCUCUGAGACUUGCUGGGUUGAGCCAGAGGCCAUGAGAGGUGCCAAGUCUCCAGUCUCCAUGCCCCAGGCUCAGAGAUGGCAAGAGGCGUGCAGUAGAGUAGGUGGCUUUGGAGGCCCUCUUGGGGUCCAGGGCUUUGAGUGAUAGGAGUGUGCGCCUGGCCCUCUUGGAGGGCCCUCUGUUUCUCCCUUCUGUCCCCCAGCCUGGCCCUCUGGCCAGCGUACCUUCUGUUGUGCUCAUUUAUAAACCAUGUGUAUUUAUACAGACCUGCUUGCGUUGGCGGAUGCUCCUCUAAUUCCCUGAGAAUUUGGUUCAACUAUCCUUCAGUUGUUCCACUAUGGCGUUAGCCUUUGAAAAUAUUUUUAAAUAAAAAAUCCGAUUUUUCUAGUGUCCCGUGGUAUGGGAAGUUCACUUUUAUCUUUUGACUACUCAUUAAAAGUGCUCUUUACUGACAUAUUUGGCACGAAGGAGACUAACGGAGCCAAAGUCAUUCCCAGAAUCCCAAGUACUUUGCACAUCUCACAGGACUUUAGCUGAGGUGACUUGUACUUCAGGCGUAUGGGGAAUGGUAAGGAUGGCCACAGCACACCACCAUAGCCUCCUCCCUCUGUUGGAUGGACACUGAGAAUGCUUCCCUGUUUCUCCUGGGCAACUCCAAAGCAAUGUCCUUGGUUCGACUAGUACUGUGCUCCUGACUCAGGAAUUAAAGUCUGAAACUCAGAGCUAGAAAA